AUGGGGCGGGAAACCUGGCUUAGAAAAGUACUGCCUGAGACAUGGCGAAACAAACAGUUUCAGACGAACAGAGCCAGCUUUCAGGGAGAAGGGGUGCUGCUGCGACUUACAAACACCAACGUCCGCUACCACAUCCGCCAUCAGCUUCGAGACGGUUGGGCGCGGGAGAUCUUCUGCCGGCGAGCUGUUGAAGCUGGUGCCGCCGUGUCUGAUGGCUUGCGCAAGGGUGUCUUGAAUGCGUCCAUUGAGACGCUGAUUGCAACCAAUUGGGCUUGGUACGAGCCACUGAUGUUUGCAAGGCGCCGGGCACAGAUGGAAGCUGCAGGAGACAGGCAGGAUAUCCUGGCUAUUGACGGGAACUGCAAGCUCCACAGACGCACGUGUGGAAUGCCUUUUGCAGAAGUGAUCGCUUCCCCGUACUUGAACAAACUUUUGCUGCGAGGCUGCAGCGCAAUGCCCCAUGGUCGAGACACUCUUUGCUGCAAGCGUGCAGGUGACAGGGACCGCCCACAACAGCCAAGGGCAGAGCAAGUGGGGAGACAUCGGCUCAAGAGAGCGCUUCACAGUCAGGGAGAUGUGUGUCACCUGGAAAUCCAAACGCAAGGCCACGGUGGCUGGCAGCCGGCGUGCGCAGUCAAAGAGGAGGCCUUGGCCAAGUACUUUGCCUCCCAAGCUGACAGAAACAUCAGGAGAAGAAGGGAGCGGAGAGUUGAGGCUCGCAGUCAGAAGUGGGCAGGAUUUCGGCCGCGCCGGGCAAGAACUUUUUUAGCCCCUUGGCAUUCGAUUCAACCUCGGCAGACUAGCACCUGCAGCACCCACAAGGAAUCGGCCAAGGAUGUCCAUGCGGCAAGCAAGGACUGCUGGAUUUUUGUUUGCUGUCACAGAGUCUGGCCUCCUGCUGGACGUGAUGGAGCUUAUCGGAGCUGA